GGGGAGGCGGCCGGGCGGGGAGGCUCAGGAAGCCCAGCCGGGAGCCGCUGGAGCCGGAGCCGGAGCCGGCGCGGGCUGUCCCUGGGUCCGGAAAUGGUGCACUGCCUCAGUUCUGUGAAGAGCUUCCACGCUAUUCCGAAGUCAGUGUACAUUAUCGAAGACUAACCAAAGGACUGAAGACAUCAGCUUUUUCCUGCUGACACAUCUCACCCCCCGUGAAGAGAUUUCUAAUGUGCUGAAGAUUGCUAGACUUCGGGGGAGCAAAAUCUCUACCUCAUAUUUUAUGAAUAUUUUUAGCCAUGGCUGUGGAACUUUGUUUACUGCUGCUGUCGCUUUGUGGAAGUACUAUUUCAGAGGUGCAGCCUUUACACAAACCACCUCCUGGAACUUUGGAUUUUGGGUUUGUGCCUGCAAAGACAUAUGAUACAAAUGCAUAUCAUGAACCUGGACCAAUAGGAAUUUUGUUUAGACUAGUCCAUUCUUUCCUUUAUUUAGUGCAACCAAAUUCUUUUCCACAAGAUCUUAUCAAAAAGCUAACACAGCAGAAGUUUGGAAAUGUGCAGAGUGAUUAUCAAAAGCCAGAAAAUGUUGUCCUGACUCUUCAGGCAAUCUACUAUGAAAUCGGCUUUAUAGUGUCUGCUGCUUUGGGAUUGCUAUUUGUUCUGUUACUGCCUCUUGUGGGACUGUGCUUCUGUAUGUGUCGUUGCUGUGACAACUGUGGUGGGGAAAUGCACCAAAGACAGAAGAAAAAUGCUGACUGUCGGAGAGGCUGCUUUGCAAUGUUUCUUUUUGUUGCUUCUUUAAUUAUCAGUAUUGGUGUCCUUUGUGCUUAUGCUGCCAACCAACACUUAACAAGUCAAGUCCGGGGAGCAAAGAACCUGGUGCACAGUAAUUUUAAAGACCUGAGAAUUUUCCUCAAUGACACUCCAGGGCAAAUUGACUACUUGGUGAGCCAAUAUAACACUACCAAGAACAAAGCACUCUCCGACCUUAAUAAUGUUGGGUCAUUGCUUGGCAGCAGAGUUCAGGAGCGUUUUGCGAAAGAAGUGCGUCCUGCACUCGAUGCAGCUCUAACAAUGGCAGGAGCAAUCAGAGAAACAAAGGAGGCAUUGGAAAAUGUAAGUGUCUCUGUGGAGGUUUUGCAGGAAGGUACUGAAAGGCUGCAUUCUAACCUGACCGAUGUUAAAAUACACCUGAGCAACACACUCAGUGACUCUGCAUGCUCUGCUGCUCAAGCUGCUUCAACUUGCAAUGUUAUCAGAAAUUCAUUAAAUCAACUGAAUAUCAAUGCUAACUUCAGUGGGUUGCCAGGUGUGAGCGCACAGCUUGCCAAAGUCAAUGACGUCCUUAAAAUAGACCUUUCCAGUUUGGUUCAAAAGGGCUAUGCAGCCUUUAAUGAUACUCCUGAUUUAGUGCUGAACCAAACCAGGAACAUCUUAUCAGAUAUCAAAAAUUUGUUGGACCUCAUUGGUACAAAUAUCACUAGCUUCACUCAAAUGCUUCCUGUUCAGAAGGUUCUAGCGGAUUUAACAAUAUAUCUUACUCAGAGUGAGGCAUAUGUUCAAGAUUAUUUCCCAUUAGUGGAACAGUAUGAUUUCUACAGAUGGUUGGGUUGUCUAAUUCUCUGCUGCAUGGUGAUUCUGAUCCUGGUCUUUUACUAUCUUGGACUAUUAUGUGGUACUUGUGGUUAUGAUAAACAUGCUUCUCCAACAACCAGAGGCUGUAUCUCAAACACUGGCGGCAAUUUCCUUAUGGCUGGAGUAGGAUUCAGUUUCCUUUUCUCCUGGGUGCUGAUGAUCACAGUGGUCAUCACCUUCGUUACAGGUGGAAAUGUAGAAAAGCUGGUCUGUGAACCCUUUGAAGACCGGACUUUGUUCAAGGUUUUGGAUACUCCCUACUUACUGAAUCGACAUUGGAGAAACUACCUUUCUGCCAUCGUGCUUAAAAAUCCAGAUAUUAAUUUGACCUUUGAAAAAGUUUACAGUGACUGCAAAGAAAACAAAGGAAUUUAUACCACACUUCACCUAGAAAAUCUCUUCAAUAUCAAUGAGUUUCUAAACAUUAGUAUGUAUACAGAAGAUGUAUCACUGAAAAUUGAACAUAUUAAUGUAAAUCUUAGCAAUAUAGUUUUGCUGGAUGAAAUCGGAAAGCGGAAUCUUCUGGAUUUCAGUUCUUCAGGAAUAGAUGGAAUAAACUUUGCAGCAUAUUUGACAGAGAUCAAUAAAAGUGUUACCAAAGUGGAUCUUUUAUCAUUUGCUAAUGACUUGGAAGCAAGAGCGGACCAGUUGCCCAAAGGAGCACUGGAAAAUGCAUUAAAAGGCCAUGCAAACAGUAUUCGAAUGAUUCAUAACCAACAAGUUGUUCCACUGGAGCAAGCUAUGAAAUAUGUCAAAGCUAGGAGCACUUUAAAUCAGAGCAUUAGAUUACUACAGAGAACAUCAUCUGAAUUUAUGGUAAAAGUAAGAAAUGUGAUUAGUGCUGUUGAUGCUGCUCAGUUUCUCAUAAGCAACGAUGCGUCACUGGUUAUCAUCCAGGAAACCAAAAAGUACAUGGAUAUGAUAAUAGGCUACUUCAAGCAAUAUGUUGAGUGGGUCAAGGAGUCGAUUACCACGGAGGUAGCAGCAUGCAAGCCUAUUGCCAACGUGAUAGACACUGCAGUAGAUAUAUUUUUAUGCAGCUAUGUAAUUGACUCUGUGAAUUCCUUCUGGUUUGGUUUGGGAGGCUGUUCGAUAUUUUUAAUUCCUGCCAUAAUUUGUGCUGUAAAACUAUCCAAAUACUAUCGUAGAAUGGAUACAGAGGAUGUGUAUGAUGAUGUUGAAACUAUACCCAUGAAAAAUAUGGAAAAUGGUAAUAAUGGUUAUCAUAAAGAGCAUUUAUAUGGUAUACACAAUCCUGUUAUGACAAGCUCUGUGGAACAGUGGUAACCAAUAUUGGAAACAUCAGGGCCUAUAGAAAUAAGGCUCAAGAUUCUUCUACAGGAAACAUGAAAUUCUUCCAACCACACUGGGAUCUGAAUUCACCAUCCAAAUCCCAUGCCACUUGUUCUAUGUGGCUUGUACAGUAAAUCAGUCUUGAAUCAAGAAAGCAGCGUUUAAUGUUAUGCCAUUAACUAUUGUACAAAAUACCAGAGCACUUCCUCUUAUUCACUACUGUUUAAGACUUGAACUAAAGUGGUUUCUGUUUUUUACUUUUUUUACACUAGGGUUUCUAUUUCACAUCACAAUAUGUAUAUUAAUGUGGCUUACACAGACUUGGUUUAAAGUUAACUGCCCUACCAUGAUUACUCAAGUUCUUACCUUCCCGUUUUGUUGGGAAUGUGUUAAAUACAGUAUAUACACACUUGCAUAAAGAAUACAUUUUGUAUACAGAGUCUUUUGUAUACACAUUUUCUUAAAGCUUGAAAGUGUUUUAGCGAAAUUUUUGAUAUUGUUUAAUUUAUCAGCAUGUUCAGUGUUGACUUUUGGUGCUCUUGGGCGACCACUUUGGACUGAACUUUAAAUGUACGGGAUAUGCAGUAUCCCCUGUCUCUGAAAAAUUAAUUCAGUGGAAGGUUUUUCUCCCUCUUUUUGAGUUACUUAAAUCAUUAUGUAUUAAAUAUUAGACCUAGAAGGGUAUUUGCAGAGAGACUCAUUUAAAAUUACAACUUUUGUGUAUGUGGCAGGGUGUGGAGCUCCCUGGACUUUGAGUGAUGCUCUAAUUAGACCAUGAGAGAUGUCAUAAAGUUGGUAAUUUUUAGAAUACUUCAUCUCCAGACCAAGUUCCUAAUAAAUGUCAGUGGGUCUUUAAACAGGCAGUGAUUAUAUUUUUGCUAACUAAUUUUUAAAUUAAACUUUCUACACAGGAAUUUGAACACUUUUAGAAGGUUUUUUUACAUCACUGUAGUUUAGGGUAUUGCCUUGAAUUUAGACAUGGCGGUUGUGUUGCUGGAUUAUAUGACAUCAUAAAUCCACUGAAAGGACUGUAAAGGUCUACACUACAAAAAUGAAGCACAGGGGAUAGGAAAGAUGGAAGAAUUAGGUAUCUUAAACUGAAGAGCAAACUGAUUAUAUACCAAUAUUUAACUAUGUUUCCAGAAAGACUAAUUUGGCUUAAAAUAAGGAUAAUUCCAAAAACCUUUGAAAGCAUAAAGUAAAACUGAACAGCAAUACCAGUUUUAUCUGGAAUAACAUUGUAAGUUUUUCACUCUUUGGUCAGAAAUGGGAAUGUUUCGAUGUGACAAUAUGUAGCGCGCGCGUGUGUGUGUGUGUGUGUGUAUACGUUCAGAAUUGUAGAAUUUAAAAAGUUUAUUUUUAAUUUGAGAAAAUAUUCCCAAUCCAUUUAAAUAAACAAAAACUUGGUUAAGUAACCUGUAUUUGAUUCAUAAUUAACUAUUUUAUUUCAUUUUAAGUGUGUUUGAGAAGUGUAGGAAGCGCACUGGUUUAAGAUGUGGGCUAAGAUCACAUUGGAAAAUGGAUUUUGUCCUCCUUACAAAAACUGAUGUACUGUUGGACUUCAUUGACAAUAUUGGCUCCAAGCAAGAUGAGAAACCCAGAAAUAGAAUGAGAGGUAUUGGAUUACAUUGAUAAACCUGUGUGGGGAAGCCCAUAAACCCCCUGGCCACACUCAAUAUGUCUACACAGAAAAGAGAAACCCAUUGCUGGCCCAUGCCAGC